GGAAAAAAAAAAGAGCGCACAAGAAAAAAAAAAGAAAAAGAAAAAAAAAAAAGGAAAACAAACCGAAACAUGUCUUCUGCCUCCCCCGCCACGGACGACAUCGUGAUCGCGGUAGAGAUCAAGGAGGAAAAUGUGAUGGAAAUGCUCUCCGAAGCCCCCGACGGGCCCGCGCCGCCGCCCCCUCCCGCCGCUGCCCAGUUCCCCAUGGAGCAUGCAGGCUCCGCUGCCGCCGGCGAGGAGGGAGCCGCGGAACAGGUACUGCUCCAUACGGAACUCCUGGCCAGGAAUCACCACGCUGCCUCCUCUCCCUCCUCUUCAUCUUCUUCCUCCUCCUCCUCCUCCUCGCAGACCCCCUUGGCUUUCUCCCCGGACCACGUCGCCUGCGUGUGCGAGGCGCUGCAGCAAGGUGGGAACCUGGACCGCCUGGCCAGGUUCCUGUGGUCUUUGCCCCCGAGCGAUCUGCUACGUGGCAACGAGAGCCUGAUGAAAGCCCGGGCGCUGGUGGCUUUUCACCAGGGCAUCUACGCCGAGCUCUACAGCAUCCUGGAGAGCCACAACUUCGACUCCUCCAACCACCCGCUGCUGCAGGAGCUCUGGUACAAAGCUCGCUACACCGAGGCGGAGCGAGCCCGGGGCAGACCCUUGGGGGCGGUGGACAAGUACAGGUUGCGGAGGAAAUACCCCCUGCCCAGGACCAUCUGGGACGGCGAGGAGACGGUCUACUGCUUCAAGGAGAAGUCCCGCAACGCGCUGAAGGAGCUCUACAAGCAGAACCGAUACCCCUCGCCCGCCGAGAAGCGCAACCUGGCCAAGAUCACCGGGCUGUCCCUCACCCAGGUCAGCAACUGGUUCAAGAACCGCAGGCAGCGGGACCGCAACCCUUCCGAGACCCAGUCCAAAAGCGAGUCAGAUGGCAACCCUAGCACAGAAGAUGAAUCCAGUAAGGGGCGGGAGGAUUUAUCUCCCCAUCCACUCUCCAGCUCAUCCGACGGCGUUACCAGCCUCAGCCUUCCCGGCCACAUGGAGCCUGUCUACAUGCAGCAGCUUGGAAACACUAAAAUAGCCUUGAGCUCGUCCGGUGUCUUGUUGAAUGGGAACCUCAUGCCUGCCAGUACCUCUCCUGUCUUCCUCAAUGGUAGCUCGUUUCUUCAGGGACCCAACAGUGUCAUACUCAAUGGACUCAGCGUGGGCACUUCGCAGACUGUUACCUUAAAUUCGCCCAAAACUGCGGCGAGCGUCGUGAGCAACGGGGUGUCCAUCACUGACAUACUGUCCUCAUCGUCCUCAGAAGAUGUUAAAGACUUCAAACUCCUUCAGGCUUCGGUCCCCAAUGCCACAGCAGCCUUCAGCCCUAGCAACAUCCCAGUCACUUUCCCAGGAUUGAUACCGAGCUCAGAGGUGAAAAGGGAAGGCGUAGAAACUGCUGCUUCCCAGGAUGGAGGCUCCGUAGUUACUUUUACUGCUCCUGUCCAAAUAAACCAGUAUGGCAUUGUCCAGAUCCCCAAUUCAGGAACAAAUGGCCAGCUGCUGAACGGAAGCAUUGGUUUUUCUUCUCUUCAGCUGCCUCCAGUUUCUGUGGCAGCUUCACAAGGUAAUGUUUCAGCAAACCCCAGCACAUCUGAUGGAGGAACUUUUACGACUGAAUCUUCAACAGUGCAGCAAGGAAAGGUUUUCUUCAGCCCCCUCACUCCGAGUGCAGUGGUUUAUACAGUUCCCAACUCAGGCCAGGCUGUAGGAUCUGUCAAGCAAGAAGGACUGGAAAGAAGCCUGGUGUUUUCUCAGCUGAUGCCAGUCAGUCAGAACACACAACUGAACGUCAACAUGUCUUCUGAAAAUAUAUCCAGUGCAGGGCUCCAGUCCCUGGCCUCCUCCUUAGUGAAUGUAACGCCCUCACACAAUUUUUCCCUCACUCCACCAACUCUUUUAAAUGCUGCAGAACUGAGCUCUGGUAUCUCAGAGAGCCAGGCCAUGUCCUCACCCGUGACCAGUACCUCUACAGUGAUAUCUAUCAGCAACACUAACUAUGCAACCCUCCAGAACUGUCCCCUCAUCACCAGUCAGGAUCUCUUGUCCAUUUCCACAGCACAGCCCGUGCUUGGAGAAAUAGUUUCAACCAGUGGAGACCGUGUCAGCCACCCCCCUGCACAAGUGCAGCAGGAUUUUGGCAGAGAGCACAGGUUGGUUCUGCAAGCUGUACCUGAUGUCAAAGAGAAUUUCUUACCUAAUUCUGAGAGUAAGUCAACUGGCAAUUUAAUGAUGCUGGAUUCCAAAUCUAAGUAUGUUAUGAGCAACAUGGUUGACACGGUAUGUGAAGAACUGGAAACGGACAAAAAAGAACUUGCCAAACUGCAGACAGUUCAGAUGGAUGAAGUUAUGCAAGACUUGUAGCUUCUUUCUUUUCUUGCUUUCUGUUUUAAUAGAUAAGUCUCCUGUUGAGGCCCUAACAAACACCUAGUGGGGUGUUUGUGGGGUUUUUUUGUUUGAUGGUUUUUUUCAUUUUAAGAAACCAGAAGAACAUUUAAGUGGUCUGAAUCAAUGUACAGAGGAAUCUCCAGCGAUGGAAUUAGGUUGCCACACUUGGUUUGCAUGCAGUAUUCUCUUUUAAACAGGUUAAAGGAGAAAGGAAAUGGCCAGGGCAAAUACUGAGGAAUGGGUACAGGUUUGGCUACCAGAUACUACCCUGAAAAUUUAAGUAGACUCUCCAUAGUACAACAUACUCUUAACAGUAAGUAUACACUCCUAGCUUCAGAUGAAAAAAAAAUCUCACUCCAAAAUGAUAGAAAAAUGCAGAUUUUUUUUUUUCUGUUUACUUCCAGUCCAUGGGCAUUGAGAGAUUUCUAAGGAACUCUAGACGAUACCUCUCUGGCUACUUUUAUGUUGUUUGAGGUUAAGAAACAAAACAAAAUCAUAAUAUUGUUACUGGUAUGUUUGCUUUUUUUUCCAGCAGACUUGCAUUUAAACCAAAAGUCUCACAUCAAUCAUGUACAGGUUUCUAAAUGCUACAGCUAGCAUUUUGUCAGUGCACCAGAAAAAGCAUCAUUUGAAACUCUAAUUAUGCAAUUCAGAAGCUUUCUAUCCAGUAUGAAUGUAAAUAUUGUUUCAGUUCUUAUAAAGGAGACUUUUUUUAAUUAGUACAAUGGAUUUUAUUUAUGGUUUAUGUUCCCUUUCACUUUAGACACAAUGCAUUGAAAAGGAAAACGUUUUCUGGCUCUUUAAUUUAUUUUAUUGUUUGAGCAGGAAGUAAGCGUAGUUAUUUCUGACAAGGUUUUACUUUUUUGUAGUUUUUUUCAAGCAAUAGACUGUAAAAGUAAAAUGUUAAUCACACUGAAACUAGAAAAUUAAUUCCCAGUCUCACAAACCCAGGAGGUCACUGUUUCUACCCCCUCUGUCUUUGUGUUCAGGGCUUUUUUUUUUUGUUUGUUUUGUUAGUACUUUGCAAUUUAGUUGAACCCUUUUGUGUAUUUUUUACAGAAUUCCACGUGCCUUUCUUCCUAGUGGCCUUAUCUUUGUUACUAAAGCACAGUGGCAGGAGGAAUAAAAACACUGAUUUGCAAAUAUCCGUCCUCAGGGCCAAAUCCUGAUGCCUUACUUCUGCAAGUAGACCCCUCUGACUUGGGUGCCCCUGCUUGCACAAGUAAGAAGAGGUUUGAGAGUCUUCUGGACAUGGUGGGUGACAUUUCCUGGCAGUGCAGAGAGCCAAGGAUGGGUCCUUCUGCCCCACGUCAGCAGGACAGGAGGGGACCCGCAGGGUUGAGCUCUUGGCUCCAUGAGAUGAGCAGGAAAGGUUGGAUGGGCAGGCCAAGGAAGGGAACCCUAAAUUGGCCAAACAGCCCGUGUGGGACGGCUUCAGCUGCUGGUGGAGCAAGGCCCCCAUGCAGGAGUGCAGUUGCGUGUGUAUUUAUGAGUAUCCUCCCAGGAGAAGCAGCCUGGGGGCUGUGGUGGGAACUGCAGCAGCCAUGGUCCCUGCCUGGCUGGGGAUGGGUGUCCACACCUUUCUCCCUGGAGCAGGUGGAACAGAUCUUGACCUUUCCUCCUAUUUUUGUAGCAUGGAAAAGCACAUCCUUAUAGCUUUAAAACAAUAAUAAGAAUUCAGAUGUACAAAAGUGACAUGCUGUUAAUCCUGGUGGGUUUGGUUUUGUUGUAUUUUAUCCUGAUGUGAAUAUAUACAGUAACUAAAGCAUGUCUUCAUUCUUAUCAGCGGCCUCCUCCAAAGCCUUUGGAAGGCAAUGGGAAAUGUUUUCAUGAGCUUCUGUGGGCUCUGAAGCAGGCUCAGGACAGAACAAGAUCACUUGUAAAGGACAAAAAAAAAAGGAAAGGAAAGAUAAUUAAGGUGGUAUAUCCCAGUGUGUUUGUCUUGGUUUUAACUGGUUCCAUGGAAAGCUUUUGGGUUAUGAAGGUUUCUCUGUGCACCGUGAGCACGGCAGCAUUCUUGUUGUGGUUUUGCACUAUAUUGCCUAUUUUGCAAGGUUUUCUGUGGAACCUUGAGGCUGAGCUCUGUCAGUGAGUGCUGGAGCCCGUGCUGUGAGCCAGGGCUGCAGGGAGAAGGGCAGGAAAAGGGAAGGAGGAGUGUGCAAGGGCAGCCCUUGCAGCUGUACGGAGUCGCUGGCGCUCUGCAGGCAGGAGCAGCCCAUCAGCAGUUGGCUGUCCCCACGUGCUCCCAGGCAAGCAGGGUGUUUGAGGCAAGUGCUUUAAAGCAGAGAUUAUCACAAGCAGGACAUGGAGCUGUAUGUUCCCCUGGCACAACUUUCCCUGACGUUCCCUGGAGCUCCGCGUGAGCAGGGAAUCGGAUAGUCCAGAGUUCUCCUAACCACUCUGCUUGUUUAUCUGUUUGCUGGGCCCCAGCAUGAGCAGUCUGUUUCCCACCUCUUCUUCACCCAUGUAACUAAGGUGGUGAUGACAGUAGCUGUAUAUGCUUUGCAUGAAAUCAUUCAGCCAUUUGGAAAAUUAGAAAUGCCCCCUAUCGCUGUCAUUUUAAUGGAGAACGUGUACUUGGCUCUGAAGGAGUUGAUGGUGGAUUAACAUUUGGUCUGUGAAGCUCAGACUAUAUUUGGAGGCAAGCUAGGGAAUAUUUCAGAGCAGUUGUUGGUGUGAUCAUCUCUCAUACUUGAAGAGACUGUGGUGUUACAACAGUACCUGUUACUUUAAUUUUUCGUUGUGUUACUGAGGCUCUGAAUUCCAUGGCUUUGCAGCACGGUUGGUGUGAAAAACUGUGUAUGUUGUUACAGUGGCACGUUUCUUGGAGUGUCUGGUACUUGUAAUAGGAGACUUCCCACUCUUCAGUUGGAGUGGAGGGUGUACAUAAAAGCAGUGUUUUGGGACAAAGUGAGAUUAAUCUAUUCUAGUCUUCCAGAUAUCGAGUAACUUCCUAUUAUCUUUUUUCUUUCUUUCUCCCAUUGAAAAUAAGUGUCAUUCCCUCCAGAUAACAUAGUUAUAACCUCAUGUUUUCUACAGGUACAAUAUAAAGGCUCAUUGCACGGUACAGUGUGUUUAAAAUAGAAAUUUAAAUAAGUAGUUUUAUUCCUUACAAGGGUAAGUUUUUAUUUUGUGGCCCUCAGGCAGGCAGGCUCACUGCUCUCAAUAGACAGUACUCAAAGCCCAAAAAAGUGUCCAGGGCCAGAUCUUUGGCUGCUGUAAAUAAGGCAUUUCUCCACUGACUCCCAAACCAAGGAUUUUUACGUGGUGUUUAGGGGAUUUGGAUGCUGAUCUCCCACACAUGGGAGGGCAGUGAAUGUCCAAGCCCCAAAGACAGCCCUUAUUAUCACAUUCUGUUACUUAAAUGGAAGGUAUGUCUACCUGGCAUACACAUUCCUUCUCUUCCCUCCCUCUCUGUUACGGAUGAGAGUAAAGGAUCAUUUCAACUUCACAUAUGUCUGUAGCUUCUGAGUCCACUGGAAAUCUUACAGAAAACAUUGCCAAAUUCUACUGCUUUACUAGUCCCAGACUCAGCUUUGAAAAAUAUGCCUAAGGAAAUUCUUACAAAGCAUGAUGUUAAAAACCCCUCUCUUCUUUACUACAUUUGAUUAAAGCUGCCUCUGUUUCACCCAGAGUUUUGCAGAAAACCAGAAACACAAUGGAUCGAAUGCUCUGUGUGGACUGUUUGCAGCAUUAUCCCUGUGGUCUUACCUGCAAGGACAUUUCAGCAAUGUAAAUCACAGACAUCCAUUGGCCAGGUCCUCAGCUGGGCUGAACUAGCACAUUUCCAUUGACUUUAAUGUCCUUUUUUGCCAGCUGGGAAUAUGGUCCGUUCAUUUCACUGGUGUUAGGUCAGGGAUGGAUUUGGCCCAGUACACAGUGGCAGCACAAACCAGAGCACAAGGCUGGCACUUGGGUAGAACCAAACAGUCACGGUUUAUCAAAGCAUAUACCUCUUCCCAUUUACUGCUUUCCCCUACCUGUGGAUUCAGGAAGACUCAUUCAGAAAGUGGCUUCACCCAGAGGUGAGGCUGGAACCGUCAUUACUGCUCUCAGUCUGAGACUGAUGACAAUAAUGGACAGGUUCUGACUUCAAAUCGUGUAAAACCUUCUCAGUAAUGAUUUUCAGUUAAACAAAUCAGGGUGGGAUUUAGCCCUGUCUGCACAGGAGCUUUUCAUGUACAUAGAUUUCCAGUGUCUGUGCACUUUCCUUAGCAAGGGCAGAUGAACAAGGGGGUGAAUCCCUCCAGUAUCAUGUGAGAUAUGUGUGCAGGGCCCUGGGGACAUGAACUGCCCAGUGCUUGUGGGCGAGAAGAAUGUCAAAUCGUCCAAAAGAAUAGUAAUUUUAUAAUUCUGAAAACAAAAAUAAUGGUAUUUUUUAAAAGCAAAGAUGCCAGAAGUCUUCCUGUAUCUCCUAGCAGUUAUUGUCUUGAAGGAUAUUUUAUACCUUAGUUGUAUGUUUCAUAUAAUUUAAAACUUGCUUCUUAAAUUUCUGAACUCAAGGAGGGGGUGAAUCUUCUGGCUUUCAGGAUUCACAUUCAGAGGAUGUUUGUUCUUUUGCUGCAUGUACUGUUUGUCCAGAACUAACCAGUUAUUUCUCCAAUAUGGGUUUUAUUGUGCCUUACAACAAAUAUUAAAUUUAAGCGGAAUGUACGUGUUAGAGGAGGGAAUAAUCAAGAACUUUACUGCACUGUUAGGUGAUGCUGCCCCAGAGUGUAUCAUCAAACAUAUCUGUGCUUAAUUACCCAACCAAAGAGAUCUAAAGUAUGUAUGUUUGUUGUACUGUAAUAGGGGUUUGUGCCUGGACAAUUAAGUGUUUUAUUUGUAUUCUGAGAUGAUGUGAACUUAUUUUUCUAAACACUAUACUGAAUAAACUUUAUAUUUAU